UUUAAGCUUUAUUGUUAACUCUCGCAAACAGAUUUAACCAGAUAUAUAAGAAUUAGCAGAUAGCAUUAAACAGAAAUACAUAAGCAUAGUAUAAAAGCAUAACGUACCAAAGAAGAUGAUAAAACUCUUCCCCUACUGUUGGGAGCUAUCAUCAGGUGACAGUGGAGAGAUCCCAAGAUGGUUUAGAUAACCCAGCACCCAGUCCUGAGACCAAGGGCAAUUCUAGGGCUUUUUAUUAAAGUCUGGCACUGCGAUCCCAUGACUCUGUUUUGGAGUCAGAGGCUUUGAAAGUGGCCUUGGCCAGACGUUAUACCUGCUCAUCAAAAGAUUCCAAAGCCUGAGAACUGUACAGAUAAGCUAGUCUUAAUCUAAACGAUCCCGAGGGUUUUGCCCUCCCCCCCACUUCUAAGUAAAAGUGAAAAACAAGCCAGCUAAACAUUAUUAUGAUUCAAAGUGAGCUUUCUUAAUAUGUGCAGGAGAAAUCAAACUACGUCACCUAAACACCUUGAAAUAACAACAGUCUUCCGCAUUGCCACUACCCCAUUUACAUGUUAAAAUCAGUCUUACAUAUCUAUUUAUUUCAUGUACGCAGUUAAGUUACUAACUCUCAAGUCAGUUUACUUAACAGAGGAAAAAAAUGAAAAAUCAUAUGAACUAUUAUAUGCAGUCCAAAUGUCUAAAUAGUCCUCUGCAUGAAACUCCCAGCAGUAAAGUGCUUGUUCAGAUAUAAAAACAGAGAUGAGAAAUUUGGAUCACUGCUGGAGAAUAAGCAUCCUUCCAUUCUUGUAUUGAUUUUUAUUUUUUUAUUACUGUUGUUAUUGUUGUUAUUUGGGGUGGGGGAUUAUCGAAGUGUGCAGUAUUAAUUUCCUUUAUUCUUCUGUUAGUUUCCAAACUAUGGACUAUAAUUCCAAAGUAUAUAAGCAUUUUAUAACCAUACAAAUCUGUUUUAAGCUAAGCAACAGUUUUGGAAAUGAAUGCUUCUUUGUUUAGAUUAAGUGCAGGUUGCUCUGACAUAAAAAUAUUCCUGUAGAAAUUCAAGUUCAAAUUCUGUCAGAUUCAGGAAAUCAAAAAAUGUUGCAUAAUCAUUAUAAAAACAAAUUCAGUUACCACAUCACCUAAUAUGGAUCACCAGUGAUGCUACUGAGAAUUUGGAAUUGAUGCAAAGCUUCAUCAUUUGUCAUGGGGGUUUUGAUCCUCCUUUCUUGAUGAAUUCUACAUGGGAAAAAACAUUUCUGAAAUUGAAAAUGCAGUGUUCCAAAACAUCUCACUAGGCAUGCCCAAAGGGGAAAAAAACAGAAUAGUAUGAAUCAUAUUAAUACUUUUCAAAAAGACCUAUAAGAUGAAUAAAAGAUUUGCUGGUGUACCAGGACUGUGCUCUUUUAUAGGACAGUUCCAGCUGCCAGUUUCUGGGGUCUCACAAGCCUUGGAUCACAUUCUGGCUUAGCUUGACUAUUGCAUCUAUUUAAAAAUGAACACCAAUAAAAGUAAAUAGGUGGAAACCCAGUGCUUCAGUUACUGUUUUAGGAAGGUCAGAUAAAUUUUAAAUGGUGGUUUUUACAAACUUUUCCAGAAGAUAGUAAGUAGAAGGGAAGUUUCCCAAGACCCAUUUUUGUAAAUCAGAUUGUCUCUGGAUUACUCUGCUUCAUUCCUGUUUUCCAAUGGGAGCUGGCACGAGAAGGCCAGUUAGCCAUUCCAAAUACUGUAUAAUUUCACAGCUCUAGUCAAAAGAAUCUCUUUGCUCUGCUAGCACGUUGUGUAGUUUUCCAGCUGUCCUAGGAAAAGGAAGUGAGCACCCAACUCUCACAUUUAAAAUAGAGUUGAACUGCUUCUCAUUUAUUUUCCUCCCCUUUGAGAUGCCAGAAGCAAUUUCCUCUUAAAGCUGACUUCCUUUCUGGAAAUGAUUUUCUUCUCAGACUAUGGCGAGGCUCUCUAUUCUGUUCCUUUGACUUCACUGGCCCAUUUUCUUUCUUUUGCUGGCCAUUACCCUAAAGCAGAUCUUCUGACAGUCUUACGAUGGGGUGUGGGCUGAGAAAACUAGAAGAUCCAGAUGACAGCAGUCCUGGAAAAAUAUUUUCAACGCUGAAGAGACCACAAGUGGAAACAAAAACAGACUCUGCUUAUGAGUACAUAUUGCUAGAUUUUACAUUAGAAGUUACCUCAAAUCCAGAAAUUAUCAAAAUAUGCUCUGUUUUGGAUAUUGCAAAGAAGGUGGAGGAGUAUUAUAAUAAAGGAUAUGUGGUAGGAGCUAUUCAUCCUGUUUUACUGUCAUCUGGACGAAGGCGGCAUUUUCCAGCAAGUCACAUCUAUCGAGCUGUACUUGUGCGUCUCAAAUUCAGCCAGAAGAAUCCACCAAUGAGAGAACAAAGACAACCCAGGCUUGUGAUUGAGGAGUGUCCUUUAACAUAUGAAAAACUAACAAAUGAGGCAGUUAAGGAACUACUGGAGAAGGUCAAUGAUGCUGCUAAAAGAGGAAUGAAGUUUGUUGGGUUUGUAACCCAGUCUUGCUCUGAGUCUAAAAUCUGCAAUGGCACAAACAUGGAUGAACAUAUGGAGUCUGACUCAACACUAUGCAGAAGGAACAAAGAGCAGAGGAGUCAUGAUUCAGAGGAAAAUGUUAAAAUCUGGAAUGAAGGGACACUGAGUGGUCAAUCCACUGAGAGUGGAAUAGAGGAAGAAAUUCAGCCAGACAGCAGGCCAGCACAAAAUACUGAUUUUCAAGAUGGAAGAGGAGACUGUCCCAGCCCAAUUAAAUUAAAGGAAAAAGAAGAUACCAAGCUAUAUAUAGUCUUCAAUGUCUUUGAAGAUGAUUCCAACAGUUGGACCUAUCAUGAUGGCAUUUUGUCUCUGAAAGUGUCACGGAAAGGAUCUGUGAUUAGUACAUUGGAUGCUGAUUGGCUAGAUUUAACCACAUUUUAUUACAAACAAGGGUUGUCAUUAAUUGACUCCUUUGUGUGUUGGGAAGCCUCUAAAGCUGACUUCGGGCCCAAAUCGUUAGAGGGGUUAUUUAUAUAUGAAGAAGAACCGGGGUUUCCAGGUUCAGGGAGGAAAGGAAAUGAUGCCAUUGUUGUGGAACAAUGGACUGUCAUUGAGGGAAGUGAAAUCAAAACAGAUUAUGGUCCUUUACUGCACACUUUGGCUGAAUUCGGCUGGCUUUUAACAUGUGUAUUGCCUACUCCAAUCAUCCGACUGGACAGUGAGGGAAAUCUAGCCACCAAGCAAGUUGUUUUCCUUCAGCGGCCAGCUAUGGGGAAUCCAGCUGCCCAGAUACCUGAGAAAAAAACUACUAGGCAAUUUAGAGAAGAAAAGUUGAACAUAACAAGUGGAAAUGUUGGAUCAGAUACAGGUACUUCUCAGCCUGUACAACGUAUGCAACCUACAGAGGAGUUCCUUUUAUCACCUUCUCCACAGUGCUGGCCCAAGGAUGAAUCUGCCCAAUAUGGAAGCUUCUCUGCAUUCAAGAGCAGCGAUGGCAUGCUUAGAGAAUUGGAGGAAGGACAGUUUGACCAAGAAGAUGGGGUCACUCAAGUGACUUGUAUGUGACCAGAAAAUUACUAAGAGGGACCUGUAGGUAUUUUUUUAAUGCAAAAGUAUAAUAUUUUAUAAAUAUGCAUAGGCAUAAUUUUUUUGUUUCCUUAGCCACAUAUGCGUAUGUUGAAGUCUUUUUGCUGACUCUUUUGAGGAAACUAUAGAAAAACUAUUUCUAUUGCAUUUACAAAAAUAUUAACUUGUACAUUAGGUCAAUUGUAUUGGUAUUAUAUAAUGGUAUGUUAUAUGGUAUUGUACAGAGAGCCUGUUUGGUGUAGUGAUUAAGGCACCAGGCUAGAAACUGGGAGACCGUGAGUUCUGGUCCUGCCUUA